AACCCGUGCAUUUAUAAAUGAAUGAAAGCCGGCGAUGGCAUCGUCACCACCGGAUUGUUGAGUCUCAUUCUCUCCCUUCCACGCCUUGUGAUCUCUGAAGGAGUUUGUUUCAGGUUUUUCUCCUUCACCAAGAAAGAACCAACUAAGCCCUAAAUUACUAAUUAUUACCAUCCAUCCAACAAUGGCUUCCGAUGCAGACAUGGAGGAUUACGGAUUUGAGUACUCGGAGGAGGAGCAAGAGGAGCAAGAUGUUGACAUUGAGAAUCAAUACUACAAUGCCAAAGGAUUGGUUGAAACUGAUCCAGAAGGUGCAUUGGCUGGUUUUGCUGAGGUAGUAGGCAUGGAAGCGGAGAAGGCAGAGUGGGGAUUUAAAGCUUUAAAACAAACUGUCAAGCUUUAUUAUCGGUUAGGGAAGUAUGCAGAAAUGAUGCAAGCCUAUCGGGAAAUGUUGACUUACAUUAAAUCAGCAGUGACACGAAAUUAUAGCGAAAAAUGUAUAAAUAACAUCAUGGACUUCAUUUCUGGGUCAGCUAGUCAAAAUUCUGGGCUUCUGCAAGAGUUCUAUCAAACCACUCUCAAGGCCCUUGAAGAGGCAAAAAAUGAGAGACUCUGGUUUAAAACAAAUCUCAAGCUUUGUAAGAUUUGGUUUGACAUGGGUGAAUAUGGGCGAAUGAAUAAGAUUUUGAAGGAGCUUCACAAAUCUUGUCGAAAAGAAGAUGGCACAGAUGACCACAAGAAAGGAACCCAGCUUUUGGAGGUAUAUGCGAUAGAGAUCCAAAUGUACACUGAGACCAAGAAUAACAAAAAACUCAAGCAACUAUACCAGCAAGCACUAAUGAUCAAAUCAGCAAUACCUCAUCCAAGGAUAAUGGGAAUAAUUCAUGAAUGUGGGGGGAAAAUGCACAUGGCAGAGCGCCAGUGGGCGGAAGCAGCUACAGAUUUUUUUGAAGCUUUCAAAAAUUAUGAUGAAGCUGGAAAUCAGCGGCGUAUCCAAUGCUUGAAAUAUCUUGUUCUUGCCAAUAUGCUGAUGCAGUCUGAAGUUAAUCCCUUUGAUGGGCAGGAGGCUAAGCCAUACAAAAAUGACCCUGAAAUUUUAGCUAUGACAAAUCUAAUAGCAGCCUAUCAACGGAAUGAAAUAUUUGAGUUUGAGAAAAUCCUGAAGAGUAACAGAAGAACAAUUAUGGACGAUCCAUUUAUCCGAAAUUAUAUUGAGGAUCUCUUAAAAAAUAUUAGAACUCAAGUCUUGCUCAAGCUCAUCAAGCCUUAUACAAGAAUCAGGAUCCCAUUCAUAUCCGAGGAGCUAAAUGUGCCCGAGCAAGAUGUUGAGCAGCUGUUGGUGUCACUAAUAUUGGAUAACCGAAUCCAUGGGCACAUUGAUCAAGUGAACAGGCUGCUAGAGCGCUGGGACAGGUCAAAGGGAACAAAGAAGUAUACUGCUGUGGACAAAUGGAACACACAGCUUAAGUCUCUCUAUCAAACUAUCAACAAUAGAGUUUCUUAGGAUUUGCAUUUAUACCCUUAUUUGGUGUUUUUGUCAUUUUAAGUUGAGAUCAGCGAUAUUCUCCACCAGUGGAAGGAUGUCUAGGAAAAUACAAUUUUCAAUAAAAUAUUACAUUUUAUCCUUAA